UUUGGUCAGACAAUGGAUCAUUCAGCUGAGACAUCUAGGCACAAGUGUGCUGCUUGCUUCAGGCAAUUCAACAAGAUUGAGCAUUUGGUUGAUCAUAUGAGGACCUCUUUCCACUCACCUCAUGAACCCACUUGUGCCGUUUGCAAGAAACACUGUCGUUCUCUUGAUUCUCUUAGAGAACAUCUCAUUGGGCCGCUGCCGAAGCAAGAAUGCAAAAACGUCUUCGACAUGCGAGGAUGCAAGUUUUGCUUGGCCAUCCUUGACAGUUCAUACUCACAAAGGGUCCACCAAGAAAGAUGCCAAUUCUCGUGUGUUAAUUCUGGGCUUCUUGCUCGUUUGGCCAGCUUGGGAAUUCGCGAUGGUUCAACCGCCAUCGACGGUGGAAGAACUCGAGGCUCCGGUCCCGUGGCGUUAGCUUGCAAAUAUGUAGGUGGCGGCGAUGGGUCGCUGGAUGUCUGCGCCAAGGUCUGCCUUAUUGAUGAGAGUGAAAAUAUCGUCUUCUAUAGCUAUGUCAAGCCCAUAAUUCCCGUUACAAAUUAUAGGUAUGAAACGACGGGCAUUCGUCCCGAACACCUUCGAGAUGCAAUGCCACUAAAGCAAGUUCAAAAGAAAAUUCAAGACAUCCUCUACAAUGGAGGUGAGAAAGCUAGGGUUCUUGUGGGUCACUGUGUGGAAGACGAUCUCAAACGUCUACAAAUCGGAUAUCCAUCCAUCAUGAUAAGGGACAUAGCAAAUUAUCCGCCAUUGAUGAAGACAAGCAAGCUUUGCAAUUCACUCAAGUAUCUAGCUCAAGUGUAUCUUGGAUUUGAGAUUCAAAAUGGAGUACAAGAUCUUUAUGAUUGUGUUGGUGGCAUGAGAUUGUACAAGAGAAUGAGAUCACAAGUUCAUAGGAUAGAGCAUCAUCCAAUGGCUUCUGACCCACAAAACAAAAACAACUUUGCAGCUUGGAGGGAGAAUGAGCUUGAGAGGAUGAGCCCAGAACAGAUGUUGGAGAUUUCUAGGUCUGAUUAUUACUGUUGGUGCAUGGAUUUGAGGAUUUGAGGAUUUGAGAGCUUCUUCAAUGGUGGAAUUGAUUUGAGAUAAUAUUUAUUUGGUGAUGGGGUUUGUUUUUUCUUUUAAUCAAUCGGUUUGUAUGACAAAAUCAUCUUGUUUGAAAUAAACUUCAAUUUAUUU